GGCGGCGUAGCCCCGCCCGCGGUCUAUAAAGGGGCCCGCGCCCCGCCGCCGCUCGCCAGCGCUCCGGACAGCUCCCGGGUGCUGAAGCCGAGGCCGGGCGCGGCGUGGGGCGAGCUCGGCGCCAGGCCCAGCCAUGCCUGCGGGGGCCGCCUGCCGCCUUUUCCUCGCCGCCGUCCUCUGGCUGAGGGCGGGCGCCCAGAGCUUCGGCCAGACGCGCUUCGUCUGCACCUCGGUGCCGGUGGAUACGGACCUGUGCGCCUCCUCCCUGCCCGGCGGCGGCACGGCCGAGGAGCUGCAGAGCGCCGUCCUGCAGCUCCGGGAGACCGUGCUCCAGCAAAAGGAGACCAUCAUGAGCCACAAAGAGACCAUCCGGGAGCUGACCACCAAACUGGGCCGGUGCGAGAGCCAGAGCCUGCCGGAGACGGGCCCCAGCGAGUCCAAAGCGGCCGGCGGAGCCAGCCGCAAACAGACCGGCUCGUCCAAAAACACCAUGGGGGACCUGUCCCGGGCGCCCGCGGCUGAGACCUUGAGCCAACUCGGGCAAACUUUGCAGUCACUUAAGACAAGGCUGGAAAACCUAGAGCAGUUUAGUAGGAUCAAUUCAUCAGGCCAAACCAACCACCUGAAGGACAUACUCCAAACUAAAAUCGAUGACUUGGAGAAGCAAGUUCUGUCCAGAGUGAAUAGCCUGGAGGAAGGAAAGUUAAAUCCAAAGAACGAGUCCGAGGAAAGGAGCAAAAUAGAGAGCACGUUAACUUCCCUGCACCAGAGGAUCAGCGACUUGGAGAAAGGGCAGAAAGACAACCGGCCGACCGACAAGUUCCAGCUGACCUUCCCGCUGCGGACCAACUACAUGUACGCCAAGGUGAAGAGGAGCCUGCCCGAGAUGUACGCCUUCUCCGUGUCCAUGUGGAUCAAGUCCAACGCCUCGCCGGGGGUGGGGACGCCCUUCUCCUACGCCGUGCCCGGCCAGGCCAACGAGCUGGUGCUCAUCGAGUGGGGCAACAACCCCAUGGAGAUCCUCAUUAACGACAAGGUCGCUAAGCUGCCGUUCGUCAUUAACGAUGGGAAGUGGCACCAUAUCUGCAUCACCUGGACCACGCGGGACGGCGUGUGGGAGGCCUACCAGGACGGCACGCAGGGGGGCCACGGAGAGAACCUGGCUCCCUAUCACCCCAUCAAACCGCAGGGGGUCCUGGUCCUGGGCCAGGAGCAGGACACCCUGGGCGGGGGGUUUGACGCCACCCAGGCCUUCGUGGGCGAGCUGGCCCAUUUCAACAUCUGGGACCGGAAGCUCAGCCCCGGGGAGAUCUACCACCUGGCCACCUGCAGCACCAAAGCCCCCGCCGGCAACGUCCUCGCCUGGUCGGAGACCACCAUCGACGUCUACGGGGGGGCCACCAAGUGGACCUUCGAAGCCUGCCGCCAGCUCAACUAGCGGCGGGUGGGCUGGAGCGCGGCCCCCCCCCUCGGGCAUGAAUUCAGGACUGAAGUCUCCCCCGCCCCGCGUCUGUCCCUGCAAAAGCAAACCGCGCCGAGCACCGGGGCGCCGGCCUCGCCAGCGCGGGCGCGGCCCGCUCCAAGCGCCCCGGGCAGCACCGAGAGGCGGCUGAGCAGCCGGCGGGAGGGCUGGUUCCGUCGUCUUGGCCCUUUCCCUGGAGGGCGCCCCCCCCCCAGCUUCCAGCUCCCCCGAACCGGCUCAUUUCUGUCUUGCCAACGUCCUUUGAAGCCUGCGUGCCUUGGGCGGGUGCAGCUCCCUCGCCCAGCUGUCUUCGUGCGCCUCCUCGCCAGGGGCUCUCCCGCAGCGGCUCCUUCCCGGGCGGCCAAGGGGAGGGCACGUCUACACUAGGUUGUGUGACCCGAGAACGGGGGGCCGCUGAGUUCUUGCCCCCACCGCUGAGCACCUUGGCAGAGGGUCAGAGCACUAGGCGGGUCUGACGUUGCUUAGGGGUGUGUGGGGCUGACUCAGGAGCCUCCGAUCCCCGGUUACUUUUGGGGGGGGGGGGGGGGGAGGCGGCUCCUUUCGUCUUUCAGUGCCAGGGCGUGACUCCUGUCUACUUGGACUGGCUCUGCAGGCGCAUCGGCGGAGGAAGAGCCUCCUCCUUCCCCCACUGGGCUAGGAAGCGGAGCCGCAAACCCGGGCAGAGCUCAGGCCCCCUUUCCUCGCGGGGCAGGGGGACCUGCUUUGUUUCCAGACCCCUCCGAGGCUCCUUCCUUCUCCAGUCUGACCCCCCACCCCCCCAUUCAGCUUUCUUCGUCAGUAACAGCCCUGCCCCGCUGUCCAAGGAAUUGGGGGUAGACCGGGGGUGGCCAGGAGAACCCCCCAGGGAGCCACGUAGGAUCCUGCUCCGGCUCGGACGUGCUGAAGCCAGGGCAUCCCGGGGGCCCUGCUGGGUUACUGGCCUGUGACUUACGGUCAGCUCAGCUUAGGCCUUUUCCUCGGCCACCCCCAGGAGCCACAGACCCGACGGGCUACGGUGGGGCUAAGGGGGUGGGGGCAAAGCAGGAGGUUUGAAUCCUCUGGCCACGGCAGGGGCCCGAGUUCGGCUCAGGCGCUGGCCGGUGCCCGCUGGCCGCGGGGGCUUGAGCGUGGGCGCACAGGCCUGGAAGGGGUUUCCGUGCUGGAAGGGGUUUCCGUGCUGGAAGGGGGUAGGGGGCUGUGGGGACAGGGACGGGGCACGUCCCGCUGUGUCCCCGCUUCCUGCGGGGGUAAGCGGCCUCUGCGGUGCAGCUGCUCCCCCAAGCAUCAGGCACGGAGCCUCCGGCCGGGGCCGGGGCGGGUCUCGCUGCUCGGCGGCCACCCCUCUCCAGCCGGGGGGAGGCGGGUCAGCUCUCGCCCGGCUCUGAGCCCAGUGGCUCCUGUCCCAGGUUCACUGGGGCGCGGUACAAAGGAGGGGCUGUUUAUGGAACCUUCUAGGGGGCCGUCCCAGCCCCCACCCCCCACCCCCACCCCCGGGUCGCGGCACCCCUGGGCUCCCGCAGAGACGGCGGCGCGGGGAGCCGGCUUUGGCAUUGCAGGGGGUGCUAACGUCUCGGUUACCUAGCCUCGUCUGGCCUGCUGGGGGGGGGGGGGGGUUGCCCGAGCGAUGUUCACGGUCUAGGGUGGCCUGGGGGGCACGUUCCCAGCCGGAGGGUGGCCGAGGAGGCAGCGUUAUCUUCAGCACCCCGGCUCCCCCCGGCGCUGUCCCUUGAGCACCGCGGGGCCUCCAUCCAGAGCUCGGGCUCCCUGGGAGCUGCCAUCCAGCACCAGGCUGCCCCGGCCCUUUCCUUCCUCGGGCGCCCCUAAUUCCCGACCACUUUAAAGAAGGGAGAGAGGACGAAGAUCCCCCAUCGAGCCCAUGCCUGCGUGCCCCUGCUCUUCCCUGGGGCACUGACUGAACCCUGCCUCUCUCAGGUAACGUCCUUUUAUAAAAUACAAAGCGCUGCAGAAGCAGAGUGUCUGGUUUGCCUAGCACACAGGCAGCCGGAGUGUGACAGCUGUCAAAUAGCCUUUACCGUCCCUUGAAAGUUUAGCUACCCUUUCAGUCUUCAGCCUUUCCGCUUUUGAUAACACGGGAUCCUUUAUCUUAUUGUAAAAGGAAGUUUAUUACCAAUAAAAGGUAUUUUUAUGAAGGAGAAAAAAUAAUAUAAUAUAAAAUUAACUGAUCGUCCCUGAAAAAUACUUUAAGACUGGGGGAGGGGGGGAAUGAUAGAGAAGCUUAUUUUGAAAUAAUAGAUACAUUUUUGUAUGGUUUCCUUUUAAAACUCCUGGUCUGCAGGAGAUCACCCCCAGCCCCCUUCUGAACCCCAUCUUCAGUGGUAGGUUGGGGCGAGGCAGAGAAAAUUCACACCAGGCUGAACCAGCCCUUAUGACAAACUCCAAAGAUGUGGCAAAUCAAGAUGCCACCUGGACGGACAUGGACCAGGCCCUUUAAAGUUGAUGCUGUGCUCCAGGGCUGAUCCUCGUCGAGCCCUGAGAGAGCUGGACACGCGACCAGCUGUUUUCAAACACAGCAUUUCCCUGCAGAGACAUCACCAUCCACCCAACAAAUCAAAAAGGAGGACUUGUGGCACCUUAGAGACUAACACAUUUAUGUGGGCAUAAGCUUUUGUGAGCUACAGCUCACUUCAUCGGAUGCAUGCAGUGGAAGUGAGCUGUAGCUCAGGAAAGCUUACGCUCAAAUAAAUGUGUUAGUCUCUAAGGUGCCACAAGUCCUCCUGUUCUUUUUGCUGAUACAGACUAACCCGGCUGCUCCUCUGAAACCAGACAGAUCAAGUUACCUUGAUACUAAAAUGUAGCUCAGGUCAGCAUAUUUUAACUGUGCUCUUAAAACCCCCCAAACAUUGUAAGCUCAGUUCAUUGAGCUAUUUCCUGGAAUCUGUUGGCUUGCUGAAACACAAUUUGCUGAGGGGAAAAAUAAAUCCGCAGUUCCAGUUGCAUCUGAUUUGCUAAAAGGGGUGAUAUGGAUAUGAUGUAUAUACUGUACAGAAUGGUGGAAAAUAAAUAUAUCUUAAUUUGUCAUUAUUUUGCUAACCAAAGCUGUAAAUUUUUCCUAUGACUUGCUAUCUGCCUUUUGGGUUUGAAAGGGUUAAAAAUAUAUCACACAGCCACAAUCCACAGCCGCAGUUCGGGAAAUGCACUGUUUCUACCGGUAUUCAUGCUUUUUCAUUUUAUUGCUGAGAUUACAUGAAUUGUUGAGUUUAUUUUUACACAAUAAAGAGUGAAGAAAGACACUGGG